GCACUUCAGAUAUUUAUUCAGUCGUAAAUGUGUCCUUUAAAUACUGUACUUCUCACCAGUCUGAUCCCCCAAAACUCCAGACCCUCACGCGCGAGGGCGCAUCGACGUCGCAUCCAUGGCCGCCGCCUCGUUCUCCAUCAGGGAGUACGCGGCGAGCAUGAGGGGCGGGGCGGCGGCGGCAGAGGCGCUGCGUCCCUUCGGAAUCACGGAUCUCCCGCCUAUGGAGGCGCCGAGGUUCCGGUGGUGGGCGCACGAGCUCGCCUCCGCCAUUGCAGCUGCUGCUGCGGCGGCGGCGGCAUCCCCGAGGAAGGCGAAGCCGCCCAAGGAGCGGUCCAUCUCCGAUCUCUUCGCCGCGGCGCACCCCGUGGCCGCGCCCCCCGCCGGGGAGAGCGGUGGCGACCAGCAGCCGGAGGUGGACGACGACGAGGCGCUGUGCGCGAUCGUGAGGCGGACCAAGGAGAUGAAGCGGAAGAGGAGACUGCAAGAGGAGGAGGAGGCAGCGAAGAGCGCCGGAGCACGCGAGGCCGAGGGGAAUUUCGCGACCAGAAAGGAAGCACUUGACAAGCCAAAUUCGCCUGAUGGAGUGGAUAGUCAGCCAUCAGAGAAAACUGAAGCUUUAGAGCAUCUCAGAAAAGAGAGGGAAAAUAUAUCCAAGAAACCAAAGCAGGGGAACAACAAUAAUAUGAAGAAGAACGAUCACAAAAUAAAGUGCACUGAGAGCAAAAAUGCUAAGAAACGUGGCAUUCUAAAGAAGUACACAAAGCACACAUCUGUCAAAAUGGUUACAGAAAAGCAUGGCAAUUCAAAAGGAAACGAGGUAAUAGAAGUCUGCCGCAAAUCAGUGAAGCGUGUCAAAUUCUCAGAUUCAAAUGAUAUACUUGGCAGUAAUAUGCAAAGUUCCGAACUACCGAAACAGCGAAGUCUCCUCAAACUGCUAUCUGAUGCUAUGGCUUCUUCUUCGUCGUCCUCGUCAUCGUCAUCAUCCACAUCUGCUGAAGGAGACAAAUGCGUAACUGCAGAAAGCAGUAAUCCCCAUAUGCCUGAGGAAGCAUUUGCUAAAACGAAAGAAACAAAUAACAAUACAGAUCUUGAGGAUUCUCCUGAGCUUUGUAGCACAGAGCUUUCCUCCCCUUGGAUUGAUCUGAAUAAAGCACUAUCAGAAUCUACUGGUUUGGACUACACGCAUGAUUCAAAUUCAGAGGUACCAAACCUUGAGCUUACACAUGAUCAAACUGUAAAUUCUGAUGUCCAAUUGCUUGACGGGAGAGAAAAGCAGAGGAAUUUGUCUUUUAGUUCACACUUACUGGAAAGCCAAACACCUGCUGCUGACUUGGAAAGUACUAUGAAUUCAAGAUCGAGAGGCACAUUUUUGCAUGGUCAGACAAUCAAAAUGUCUGAUACACAUAUUGUUGGUCCUCAGUUGAGCUUAGGAGAGCUCCCAGAGACUCAUCGUACUUGUAGUGAUGUUCCAGUAAAAGAUAUACUGCCAUCGAGAAUGUUGCCUUGUGAAUUGCCAGGAAGUACAUUUCAGGACUCAUGUAAGCAGCACCAGAAUUGGUGCUCUACCAACAUGAGUCAUGGUGGCUCCCAGCUUUCUCCAGUCGAAAAAUCUUCAUCCUGGCAAUCUCGAGAAUGCAAUCUGUCUGGCAGCAAGGAGUUCCAUUUUUGUUCUGAAGUAAACGUUCAGCAGGAGUUCGGUCCUUCCACAGGACCGACAGUUCGUUUGAUGGGCAAGGAUCUUACAGUCUGCACGACCCGAGCUGAAUCUUCGGUUGAGACUGCACAGAAACACACAGGUACUUCCAUCUGUGGCCGUCUUAAGACAAAUGUGGUAUUGGAGUUGCCACGACAAGCACAGCCUGUUGUCUCUUCACAAGCUCAAAGUUUCCCCAACGUUACAGUAAAUGCUACCAGCACAAUUCAUUCUUCGACAUAUCAUGCAAGCACAAGUCAGGCAUAUUUUGGAUACAGGACGCCACAUGAUUUCAGACAUCCUUCCCCUGCAGCCAAUGUAUUUGCUGGACAUCAGUUGGCAUUUGAAAACAGGUUUGGAGAUUUUACGAACUCGCAGACCAAUCAACCUGUUCUAUUGGGAUGUCCACCUCUUCCCAAUCAUGGCACUGCAACAUUCCCUCAGAAUUCGCCGCGUCCUUGGAGUUAUUACUCUGAUCCUUACACUAGGACAGAACCACCCAGAGCACCAUUUGUGCCUACAACAAGAAAACAUGGGACACCAUCUUCAGUUCUCCGUGCCAAUUUGCCUCAGCCAUAUGUUGUGCAUUCACCAAUCUCUUCAGUUUGUCAGCUUAACUCUGUGAGUCCUACACCCCGCCAUCCACCUUGGGUGGUUCAAGAAGCUUCUGACAGCAGAAGUGUUGCAGCGACAUCCAGAAAUUCAAACAAUGGAAUGGGGAGAGCUGUUCCUGGCAAUGCCAAUGCUUCAUCUAGUGAGCCCUCUGUGAAGAAGAGAUCAGGCCCGGUGAAGCUCACUCCUGGGGCGAAGCAUAUACUGGUGCCGAGCGGCAGCACAGGGGACAGCAAUUCUCUGCCUGUGUACUCUUGUGUCUCCUUCGGAAGUCGGAGUGGAAAUGCUGCAGCAUCUCAGAACAAAGGAACAUGACAGUAUCAUGUAUGUGCAAGUAAAUUAUUUGCAAUCUCUACAAUAUGAUGUUUGCAUAUAAGAGGUGUGCAAUUUUUUUAUGUAUCCAUAUGUGCAAUGAUUUUCUUCAGUAUUUUUUUAUUGAUUUUUUUUAUGAAAUACAGCUUCCAAAUGGCGAGGUUUUGAAUUGCCCAUGUUGGCCAUGUGCAAUUAUUUUUGGAAACAUGAGUAAUUUCCAAAUACCAGAACCUUUUAUCAUG